CAUGUAAAUUGCACAAAACUGUACUUCUGUGUUAAACAGUGUCACAGUGUCCCUGCAAAAAUGCCAUAAAUGGUAUAUGCAUGCCUGGCAUUUAAAAAAGAGGAAGUUGAAGGUAUGUUAAAGGCGGCCGUGUUGUCUAAGCAUCAGUCCAGUGUGCCUCGUCUUGUCUGCCUCCAACAGCAUCAAAGCCAUGACUCGCCUGCUGCUCGGAGCCGUGCUGCUGGGGAACCUGUGCGUCUGUGUCACAGCUGAAGGUCCGGUGAUGCUCACUCCCGUCACCCAGGUGAAGUUUGACGCUGUGGACUAUAAAAACAUUGUGCACUGGACUCCACCCAUCAACAACAGCUCACUGCUGUUCUACGUCCAGUGGAAGAUUUAUGGCGAGCCUCAGUGGUUGGACGUGGACGGCUGUCAGGGGAUCCAGAAGCCCCAGUGUGACCUCAGCACCGUGACCUCUGACCUCAGAGAGUGGUACUACGCCAGAGUGCACGCUUCCUCCCCGCCCUCCAGCAGAUCAGCCUGGACGCUCUCCCCGAGGUUCAGCCCGCGCUGGGACACCAAAAUCAGUCCUCCUGUACUGAAGCUGAAUGUGACGGAGCAAGGGAUUGUGGUCCGUGUGAAACCCCCGAAGCCACUGGUCCGGAAGCUGCACAGCAGUCUGAACUACAAGAUCUAUCUCAAACACGCCAGUGGAGAUGAGGAAGUGUUUGAGAUCGAAUGCUGCUCCAACAAGCUGACUCUGAAAGAUCUGAAGCACAAGGCAAAAUACUGCCUCCAAGCCCAGACCAUGAUCCCCCUCCAGGCCAAGAGCAGCGCUCGUAGCUCUGUGAAGUGUUUCACUACGCUCUGA